GGUCGGUCUAGUGGUGUGGUUGCCAGUGACAUCACAGCUUGGCUGUUUUCGGUCGCUGGACCAACACCUCGGGUGAGGUCAUAACAUUACAUUUUGUAUGUCAUUGUUCGCCUUCACGUCCGUUGCAACAUUGGCAUGUGGUGGCAAUUUAUAAGUUGCAAUGCUGACCAAAUGUGCAACGUGAAUUGGUUGGAGUGGUAUGAAUUGGGCGCAAGCUGCGAACGGUUGCUUGCUGGCUCGAGAUGGUUGCCUUUGCGCAGGAAAUCAACAUCAAUACAAUGCAGAGAAACCGUGGCUAAAUCAUUGUGGUACUACUCCCAUUUUCAGAGUUGGCUGCUGCAGUCCAAACAAGGCAGCCUCGCAGAAAGCCUUAUAGGGCUCGAUCACCUGAAACAGAAGGAAAAUCCUCGGAAGACGGCAGCAGAACGUGCUAUUUUCACAUCCACGUCGUGCUCAGUCUCAGCCACAGAUCUGCAAAUGGAUUCCAGAGGCAAAAUUAGAGGCAAACGGCAAGACUAUUCCAGGAUCUGGCAUAGAAGGAACACUAGCAACUGCAGCGGAAUAGUUUAUAUCGUCUCGGUUGCCUAUUGAGGUUAUCGCGAUGCUGCGGCAUCGGCUGCGCCCAUCAGGGGUUCUGGAGCUAGGAAAAAGAUUUGCUCGACUAGUAGGACUAGGGCCGAGUCAACCCUCGAGCGCACAACCAGGCCUGGAUCCAACUCGACUUUACCAGACUGCAGUAUCCUACCUGGGACUGGUGGAAC